UCGUGGAGGAACAAACUCUCGGGAUAGAGGAGCAUGGCACCAGGAGAGUCUGGGAUUAAAUAACCAGGAAGGAGACAUUUUCAGAGUAAUAAUCAGUUUUUAAGGGAUAGAUCUUAUUCCCUGGCCAGGGUCUUCUCGAGAUUGUUUCUGAAGAAAUCCGUACUUGGUACCAGUCCAGAGACAUCAGCUCAUUCCCUUCAGCACACGCUGCUUCCGAACCUGAGGGAAGGAGACUGGAGGCGGGGAAGAGGGCAAACGGGUGGGAGAGGAAAAGGGAGGGAGAAGACCUCCAGUUGUUCCGGCUCCAGCCCCGGUCCCUGCUCCGUCUGGGACUGGCCACGGAAUUAAGCUUCGGCAGGAAGAACAGGAAGUCCUUGCCACAGGAGCCCUGAGAGACGGGAAAGUUGUUGGGAACAGCCAACCUAUUCACUUCAGAGGAGGAAUACUCGCCAGACGUCUAACCCAGGCCGCCAUUUUCUCACUCUGCUAGUCGCCAUCUUCCGUGAAGACAAAAGCCCCCCCCCCGCGCCGCCGCCAACCUUGUCCGAUGCAGACAUGGUGAACUCUUGGUCACUAAGAUUCGCAAACACGCAUAUUUUGCCACAGAGGUCCGCACACAAGAUUCUGGCUGGCAAAUAGGUAAUAUGACCAUACCAUCGACCCCGCCGCUUUGCCCUACUAUUUUCCGGUCACUAUUUCUAUUGCCUUACCUCACCGGGCAGCCAGGAGGCGGGGCCAGCGUGGUCGCGAGAAAGGGAAGGCCCGCGCGAGCUGAAGCCCCGCCCCCCAGAGCCGCAUGGUGGGCGGGGCUGCCACACAAGGCGAGACUGGGAUCCGGAAGUCGGAGUUCAGAAGAGCGAGCGUGUCUCCUCUGCUAACCGUGUUUCGCUACUACCGUCUCCUCUCAGAUCCCUGCCGAAAGUACAGGAAGAAAGUAAGCAGCUUUGAACCUACCUGUUUUCAAGCUGGUCAUCAUGAUGAAACUUAGACACAAAAAUAAAAAGGCAGGUAAAGGCUCCAAAGGCUGCAAGAAGAGAAAACUCAGUCUUUGGCCCCAGCUCCUGGAUCUCCUGGUCCUGCUGAGAAAGACUGCAAAGCAGAGUGGGAAGAAAGCAGCCUCCAAAUUGCCCUCCGUUCCUCAGCUUUUUCACAUCAAUGAUCAUGUCAAAUGGGAGGCUGAAUUAAAGCAGAAGAGGGUAGAGGAGAUGAGGAAGAAGCAGCAGACUGCCCGGGAGCAAGAGAGACACAGACGCAGGACCAUCGAGAGCUACUGUCAAGAUGUCUUGAGACGCCAGAAGGAGUUUGAGGAAAAGGAAGAAGUUUUGCAGGAAUUAAAUAUGUUUCCUCAGCUGGAUGAUGAGGCCACGAGGAAGGCUUAUUACAAGGAGUUUCGUAAGGUUGUAGAAUAUUCUGAUGUGAUUCUGGAAGUCCUGGAUGCUAGAGACCCAUUGGGCUGCCGCUGCUUCCAAAUGGAAGAGGCUGUUCUGCAGGCAGAAGGCAAUAAGAAACUGGUCCUGGUCUUGAACAAGAUUGACCUAGUCCCUAAGGACAUUGUGGAAAAGUGGCUGGAUUACCUUCGGAAUGAACUGCCAACUGUAGCUUUCAAAGCCAGCACCCAGCAUCAGGUCAAAAACCUGGUAAGCCUGUGUAUAGGGGUGUCUAACCUCAUUCAGGGUAGCCUGGGGUCAGGGUUGGGAGAUAGUGAUUUAAGUGAGGACUUAUAGCUCUUUGGUAAUUGAACUGUAUCUUCAACUUUGAGUUUUUGCUCUUCUGGGUGACUUCUUAAUAUUAAUUUCAGUUUUUUCCUUCCUAUAUAUCCCUUUUUAGGAAGCAUUUUUUUUUUCAGUUGUAAGAGUAGUGCAUGCUGUAUAAAAAAUUUGGAAAAUAUAGAGGAGUAAAAGGAAAUAUCACUCUUGACUUAAACUCUCAGCAGUAACUACUUUUUUUUCAGUUUUCCUCUUUGGGAUCCAAGUAUAUUAGCAAUAGACACACAUAAAAACUUAGUUACUCA